AUGCCAACACCAACAUCGAUGCCAACACCAACAUCAAUGCCAACACCAACAUCAAUGCCAACACCAACAUUAAUGCCAACACCAAUGUUAAUGCCAACACCAACAUUAAUGCCAACACCAAUGUCAAUGCCAACACCAAUGUCAAUGCCAACACCAAUGUUAAUGCCAACACCAAUGUCAAUGCCAACACCAACGUUAAUGCUAACACCAAUGUCAAUGCCAACACCAAUGUCAAUGCCAACACCAAUGUCGAUGCCAACACUAAUGUUGAUGCCAACACCAAUGUUGAUGCCAACACCAACAUCAAUGCCAACACCAUUUUUGAUGUUGAUGUCAAUGUUGAU